AUAUAUAUGAGACAGGAUCCGUUGACACCAGGUGUCAACGAAUUCGUUGACACCAAAUCCCGACCGUCCAGAUCUCUUAAUCAUGCGGUUCACAAUGUUUAAUUCUAAAAAGGAAACUUAUGUAUUAAAAAAUUUCACGUGACAUUUUUUCACUGUCUUUUCUCCUCGUUGUCAUGAGGUUUUGAUAGAAAAUAUAGCAAGUCCCCGUUGCCGCCGAGGAGAAAGUUCUGCACCUUCGUCACUGUACAUGGAUAAUGAGUGUGUGGAAAAUUCCACUGUGGAGUGUUUAGAAGACCAUGAGAUAGUUGAUGAUGUGUCUAAUGAUUUAGAACCAAAUUCAGAAAAUUCCAAGUCGCCUGAAGCUAAUAUUUGUCCUAUUGUUGAUAUGGAAUUUGCCUCCAUUGCGGAUGUAAAAGAAUUCUACACAUCAUUUGCCAAGAAAGAAGGUUUUGGAGUUCGUGUUCGAUCUACUAAGCAAAAUUUUUGCAUGUUUGUAUGCGCUAAUGAAGGUACACAUAUAGUGAAGGGUGAAAAUGAAGAAGGGAAGAGAAAGCGUUCAACCUCAAGAACUGAUUGUAAAGCAUCACUUACUGUUUCAAAAGCAGGGAAGAGAAGUAAAUGGGUUAUAAAAAGCAUAAACAAUGUUCACAAUCAUGGAAUGGUUAGUCCUAAGAGUGUGGCCUAUCUGCGGUCUCAUAAGAAAAUGACUGCAGCAACUAAAAGCCUCGUUGAGAAGUUUGAUGAAGAAGGAGUACCUACAGGGAAAGUUGCUACAAUGUUUCAGGGUGAAGAUAAUGCUUUUUCUAGUCGGGAUUGCUGGAAUCAUCUUAGAAAUCUCAGAAGAAGAAAUCUUGAUGUUGGAGAUGCUCAAGCUGUCUUUAAAUUUUGCAAGAAAAAACAAGUUGAGAAUCCCAAUUUUUUUUAUGCAAUACAAUGUGAUGAUGAAGAUAGAAUGAUAAAUUUCUUCUGGGUGGAUGGAAGAGCAAGAUUGGCAUAUCAAUUUUUUGGUGAUGUUAUUACAUUUGAUACAACAUAUAAAACCAACAAGUAUGAUAUGCCAUUUGCACCCUUCACCGGAUUGAAUCAUCAUUUUCAAUCUAUCUUAUUUGGAUGUGCUUUGUUGCAAGAUGAGACUCAGAGGUCGUUUGAGUGGUUGUUUAGAACAUGGCUAGAUGCAAUGGGUGGUAAAUAUCCAGUGUCAAUAAUAACAGAUCAAGACUUGGCAAUGAAGGCUGCCAUAGCCAAUGUUUUCCCACAUACUCGUCACCGGUUAUGUUUAUGGCACAUAAAAAAAAAAUUUGCUGAGAAGCUUUCCCACAUAUACCACAAAAAUUCAACUUUCAAGCGUAAAUUGAAAUCUUGUAUUCGUGAUUCGCCAUCUAUAAAAUACUUUGAAGAAGAAUGGGAACGUAUAAUGAUUGAUUAUAAUUUGAAGGAGAAUGAAUGGCUUAAAGGGUUGUACGAUAUAAGAAAAUCUUGGAUUCCUGUUUUCAACAGAAGCACUUUUUUUGCCGGCAUGAACACUACACAAAGGAGUGAGAGUAUUAAUGCCUUUUUUGAUUCUUUUGUUAAUUCUUCAACAACACUACAAGGUUUUGUAGUUAAAUUUGACAAGGCAAUGGAUAGUCGCUAUGAAAAACAAAGAAGAGAGGAUUUUGAAUCAAGGCAUCGAUUGCGACUCGUAGUUGUUAAGUCAAAAAUUGAGGAGCAUGCAGCAUCAAUAUAUACAAGAAACAUUUUUGGGAAGUUUCACGAUGAGUUUAUAAAGAUUAUUCAAUUUAGGAGGGAAAAACUUGAAAAAGAAGGGUCUCAGAAUAGAUAUAAGGUAUCUAAUGAUUAUGAUUCGAAAGACACAUUCAUAGUUUGCAUAUCUUGGUGA